CUCUUUGCGGGCCUCUCUGUCCCCUCCUUUCUCUCAGCCGGCGGAAGCACGGCCCAAUCUGAGAGGAGGAAGAAGCAGGGAAGGGGCGGGGUCGCCAGUGGCGCCUGUUCCGGUCGCGAGGGGGCUUCCUGGUCGCAGCAGGCAGCGCUAUGGGAUUUGUGUAGAAAGAGAGCCAGCACAGUGUAGUGGUUAAGAGUGGUGCACUCUAACGUGGAGAACCAGUGUUGGUUUCCCACUCCUUCACAUGAAGCCUGCUGGGUGACCUUGGGCCAGUCACAGUUCUCCCAGAACUCUCUCAACCCAUGCAGAGGCAGGCAGUGGCAAGUCACUCUGAAUGUCUCUUGCUUUGAAAACCCCAUGGAGUCGCCAUAAGUCAACUGUGCUUUUUGUAUAACGCUACUUUUCCACAAUGUUUGGUGGAUAUGAGGAUAUAGAAGCAUUUGAAGAUGAUAUUUACUGUGAAGAGUCCUCCAGUGAAACAAGUAUUGAUAGUGAGGUAGAAUUUCAUCUUUACAGCCAAGUGCAUUAUGCCCAGGCUCUUGCAGAUGUCAGUGGACAAGAAGAAACUGAAGGAGCUGGACCUCUGGAGAAGCAGAUUCAGUAUUCAGUGAGUAAACAGGACCAGAAAGAUAAUUUUGUAGUAAUUUCAGACAGCGACAUCAUUCAAAUUUCAGAUAGUCCUGAUGUCAUCAUCUUGUCAGAUACCCCUGAUGAAGAUAGUGUUUACAAAAGUAAACUCCAGAUGUUGACCACUCCAGAGUCUCCAACACUAGAAAGAACAUACAAUCACACGGACCCCAUCUCAGUUAAUCCUUCUGAGACUACCCUGGACUCAAAGGGUUCGUCUACAGUCACUGCAAGAAAGGAGAAGAGAAUUCAUCGGAAGUCUGUCUCUUUUCACCGUGAUGGUGUUCGCAUGAUCCACAAGAUCCUGGUAAUAGAGGACAGCUCCAGCGAUGAGAAUGAGGAUGAAGAUGUGACAAGCACAGUCUCUGAAAGUGACAAUGAGAGCUGGAUGUUGUUGGGUGGUGCCAGAGAUAUCAGAGAUGAAAACAUCCUCUUAAACCUUGAGGGCUGUGGAAGUUCAGCCACUGAAGGAGAAGGUGGAACAGACUGGGCUAUCAGUGAUAAAGAUUUAGAGGCACAAAUUGGUAACUGCUUUACUGUGCGUCGUAACAACAGAUACUACAUGCUGGACAAAAAUGUCACUUGCAGAAAUUGUGAUAAAAGAGGUCACUUGUCAAAAAAUUGUCCUACUCCAAAGAAAGUUCCACCUUGUUGUCUGUGUGCAGAAAGGGGUCACCUGCAAAACAACUGCCCUGAACGGUUCUGCUUCAAUUGCUGUUUGCCUGGACACUACUCAAGGGAGUGCCUCGAGAGAACUUACUGGAGUAAACAUUGUAACCGUUGUGCCAUGAGAGGCCAUUACGCAGAUGCUUGCCCAGAAAUAUGGAGGCAGUAUCACCUAACAACCAAGCCAGGACCACUCAAGAAGGCCAGCUCUUUUUCUGAACAUGAUGCUCCAGUGUACUGUUACAACUGUUCACGGAGAGGCCACUAUGGCUACGAAUGUUCAGAGAAGCGGAUGUUUGGAGGAACUUUCCCUACUUUUCCUUUCAUCUAUUACUAUGAUAAUAAAUAUGAUAUCAAGAGGAGCUUUCGAAACGCAAAGAAAAAAGUACAAGAACUUCAGGACGCCGGCCUUCUUCCCAUAGCACUGAAGAGACCGCGUGUGGACGAUGACCAGAAGGUCCACGCCCGUAAGAAAAAAGGGAAACUGUUGAAGGAACACAACAGAAGAGCGGAAAAGCAUCACAGAAAGAAGUCCCAUGCAGACAAACUCAAAGGAAGGAAACACAAGAAAGGCGUCCAAAGCCACUGUCCCAUAGAGGAAAACUUCCCCAGAGGAGGCCACUCGAAAGCUCCAAAGUGGCACAAGAAACCCAGCGCGCACUUUGACGUUUCCGCAAAUGGGGACAAACCAGAAAUCGCCAAGGCUUCCUUGGAGGCAGCAAAAAAACGGAAAAAAAAGAAAAAACAGGACUACACAGUCAGUAGCUCCACCAGGGAUGAAAGUUUAUUUCUUAUAAAACAGAGAAAAAAGAAAUCCAAACAGAAACCUAGUAUAUGAUCUGGUGGUGAGACGAUAGCUUGGGAGUGGGCAGGGCUUCCCUUCAGGCAAGGCUGUGGCCAAACCUCUCCAUGUUACAGUGUAGCGCAUCAGACCAUCUAAGCGGAGGCUGGGAUACCAAAAAGCAGAGAGGCUUGUCUGGGCCGUUGCUCAGAGGGGCAUCUCUUGGUCUGUGAUAGUGAUUCAUGUGUGCAUCAGUACCGGUGUGUUUUCUGCAAUGUCUGUAUUUGGAUUAAAGGUGUUUGGACGUUGGGAGUUAGUUUGGGUGGCAAAGUUGAAAGCAAAGGGAGAAAUCCGUUCCUCUCCGUUUCCUGCAGCCUUUUUACAAAUCUUGUGAUUUAUUCAAGCCCCUGCUGAGAUCACUUGGUUUAGGGUGUUGUGGGGGGGUUCCGGGUUGUGUGGCCGUGUUCCAGUAGCAUUUUCUCCCGACGUUUCACCUGCAUCUGAUGCCAGCCUCAGGUGCAGGAGAAAAGGCUACUGGGAC